AUGUCGCAGGCCGUCAACGCAAACAGUCACCAGUUGACUGCAGCUACUCCUCACUCCGCUGACGGUGCUGCUACCGCCAACGGUCACUCUUCACCCGUCAACAACGGCAAUGGCUACACCAACGGCCAUCGCAACGGACACCAAAGCUUUGACAACGAAAAGGGAACCAUGGCUCAUCAGGCACCCAUGUACAACGGUGCUGGAUUUGGCGGUCCCACUAUGAGCCGAACUCUCACCCCUGGAGGUCACUUUGCCGAUGAUGACUUGCUUGCUAUCGCAAACUCUCAUCGUCGUAUUGGUAACCCUCUUCCUCUCGGAGUGUUUGGCUUCUCGACCACGACUCUCCUCCUCUCCCUAUACAACAUUCAAAUCCGAGGCAUCGAGAUGCCCAACGCCGUUCUCGGUUUCGCUCUCUCCUAUGGUGGUCUCGCUCAAUUCCUUGCUGGCUUGUGGGAGUUUGCAUCAGGCAACACUUUCGGUGCUACCGUAUUCUGCUCCUUCGGCAUGUUCUGGUGGGGAUAUGCUGUCAUCCUUAUCCCUUUCUUCGGUUUUGAAGGCACUUACAACGGUGUCCCUGGUAUCUACUCAAAGGGUUCUCCUUAUGCGGCUGAAGCGGAAAGCGCCAUUGGUCUCUACCUCUGGAUCUGGUUCGGUAUUACUACCAUCUACCUCAUCGCUUCUCUUCGUGGUUCGGUCUCGCUUUUCGUAUUGAUCUUCCUCCUCUGGAUCACUUUCAUCAUGUUGGGAGCUCACGCCUACACUGGUAUUGCUGCACUGCAGACCGCUGGAGGUGCAUUUGGCAUUGCGACUGGAUUUGCGGGAUACUAUUUGGGUAUCGCUAGUUUCUUGAGCCCUUACAACAGUUUCUUUACCUUGCCGGUGAUUCCGCUUGGAAAGAAGGAUUAA